CGGAACAUCCAGGAUCACAUGGAAACGGAAGCUACGGCCAGACACCGCCGAAAAGAAAUAGUAGUUAAGUAAAAAAGAAAAGAGAGAAAAAAAAUAUUGGAGUUGUUACAAUAGGGGCAGCAGAUACCUUCGUGUUUAUGCAGAAGAAACAGGGUGAAAACCCCACGUUGAUGACACAUUAGUCACCUUUUACGACAUGCAAUGGGAAAGUUACCUGAACCGACGAAGGUUCGCAUUACACAGAUGUUAUACAGUGUAGUACAUAGUUAUGUGUUAUGUACAGUGUAACCUAUUUAAUGUCUAUCACAUUGCAUCGUUGGUAUACAGUAAACGUGGUAGAGGUAUGAUUAGAUAACCUCAAUCAUCGUUACACACCAGUAACAUUUAACACACGUUUAGUUUGUCAUUCUGGAGAUGGCUAAGUUGACCCACGGUAUCAAAUAGCUGGGAUUUUUAGAACAGUUUACCUGUAAUAAACAGUACGGAAGCAGGAAGAAAAGGGAAAUUCCCCUACCUUACCCUGUUUGUAACUUAUUUAUAGAAUUUACAUAAUGGGAUUUUUGAUAAAACCAGAAAAGGAAGUGGCUCUGAGCCUGAUUUACCGUAUACACCUAUACAUCAAUUAAGUCCCACGGUCAGCAACCAUCACGUACGCUAUGUUGAUGUGAAGACGUGUGGAGAGUUACGCUGUCCCUAACGUACACGUGAGAGCUGUAUCAGGUAGUCUGACGGAGGAGGACGCCGCGGGUAUAGCUUCCCUACUAAUUACACAGAUAAAAGAAGCAGCACCAUGGCUUCCUCUGUUAUCGGCAAGGCUGUCAUACAUUACGUUGAAUCGGAUGGAUGUUCUUGGGGAUCAUUUCUACAGAAGAAGCUAAGCGAGGCUCAGUAUAGCAUACCCACGGAGCUGCACGAGAUACGCGCUCCCUGGCGUGAGACUUCCAAAUAUGACGUCAACCUAGCUCUAGUCAGUCCGGAUUUUCUUGUGUUGGAUUCCAUUGAAAAUUUUCAAAGAUGCAGUACCGUACAUUCAUUAGCCAUACUACUUGGCACAAGUGAAACUGAAUUUCAUGAAUCUGUGACGAGACAUUUUCCCCAGAGCCGACUCCUAAAGUGGGUUUGUUACUGUCCACAACAAACCCGGGACUCGGUCAAGGGUCUCUUGCUGACCAUCAUAAAUAUGUAUGAGAAUCUGCAUGGUGGGGAUGAAAUUGACGAUGAAGAAAGUUGUGCGGAAGAUCCCCUGUUCGAACUGGUGCCCAAAACAAGCUCUGAGGACAGAGCGUCCAUGGAAGGCGAGAAUAACGUUGACUAUGACACUUUGCCGCCAGCCCGCCAGAUAAACGCCCUUCAUGACGUCAUGAAACUUCCUGGCAGUGAGGAAGAUGAAUACAAAGAGAUAUUGAUUCUGCUAGAGCGGAGAGCUGAAUCGGAAGUGAUGUUGGCUUUAGAUUCAGGAGAAAACAUACCAACUGAAGAAAUCCACAAGGCCGUGUACAAGGCUAGGAUACACAAAAAUCUUAUUCAUGACAACGGCAUUAAAUUUUUCGCCGUCAGUAAUCAUCAAAGUUUCGGUUCAAUGGAGUGCGAAUUUGACUGUAAAUCCCAAAAUAACGUUCAGCAGACUCAACUUUCUAACGAAACCUUGAAUCAAAGAAACAACAAGUCUUCCGAAUCCUCAAGUCCGGAUCCACCGUCCGGUCUGGAUAUCAUACAUGACAUUCUGGAGAAGGAGACGAACCCGGUAUACCUACUGUGUGAGGCUUUGAGGAUACCGUAUGUAGAUCAUGAACAACUAGAUCAGUAUUUGUCCGGGAAGUGCCGACGAUUGAGAGUGACCGAACAUUUCACGGAGCUAAUGAUGAAAGAGGACGCAGGUAAAGACAGCGACAGUGAAUGGCCAACCCUUCUUCAUUUCUGUGCCGAUACGAAUUUAUUACAGUCGACGAACGAGCUGCUUCAGAUUCCAUGUUUGGUUUCGGCCUGCCUCAAGUGUAACAGGAACCACGAGACACCCAGAGAUAUUGCAAGGAGGAAUGGAUUCACAGACAUGGUCAAUCUGUUGGAGAAACAACACACGACAGAGCAAACUAAAGUGGCAAGACUUAGGAGCUCAGAUAGUGGAAUAUUGGAUUCCAAUGAAGACUCCUGUUUCCUCAUAGAUCCUACCGGCACAUCACUGCGAGGCAAAACUGGUGGGAAUGAAACCCGGAGCGUUGACAGCGGUGUGUCGGGCCUGCAGCAGUCGUAUGUCGACACUGAAAGCUACUGUAUGGACGACACGACAGCAACACGGAUGUCCAAUGCGGCUAAGAGCGCCCCCAUUAUGGCCCUAAGCAGUUCCGCUAGUGACCUCCGACCCUCUGGCCACUAUGAUACAAUGACAAAAGCAUGGCAAUCUAGAUCAUACCAAGAACCAGCAGCUUCCAACCCCCUUUCAGAUGGCCAGAGAGAAGGCGAUUCCACCUGGUUUGAUGAGCAUCCCCCGCAGUGCCGAUUUCCAUUGCGAAGGAGUAGUGAAUCGGACAAGGACAGUAUACGUGCAAGUAACACAAGCCGGGAAAGUCGCAAGGUCAGUGGAUCAUUCGGACAGAAAAAGCAAUCAUUUUCAAAAACAAUCUUCAAAGUCUUUAAAAUAAAGAGGAAAAAUUCGAUGUCAUCAGCUCCGGAGAAAACCAUACCAGAAGAAGCCCACAUUAGCCAGACUGCAACAGAGGAACGCGGACGUGGAUUCCCAUGUAGUCCCAUUGUAUCCUAUGAUGACGUUCAGGAAGAGGAAGAGACUGUGCUGUCCCCUGAGCCGCCGAUGAAAGGAACAAGCGCACUACUAAGAGAAACACAAAUAAUAGAGCAAACAAAAGUGGAGCAUGAAGUACCAAAAAGAUCCUACAAAAAAAUCAAAAAUCCGUUCAAAAAGAAAAUUGAUAGACGUAAAUCACUGCGGGUGAGCCGAGUCCUAAAGGAUAACAAUGUUGUUGUACUUGCAUUGCCAACUAAACAUGAUGUGAAGGUAUGAAACGUGACUUCAUGUCGACGGUAUAGAAACUGAUGCGUGACAUUAUGAGAACAGUAUUCAUAUUGAAAUGCGAAUUUAUAUCGACAGUAUAGGAACUGAUGCGUAGCGUUAUGCGAACAGUAUAUGUAUGGUAGGAACUGGUGCGUGACAUUAGGUGAACAGUGUUUGUAUGAUGCGUGAAUUUAUGUCGAAAAACAAUAUUUGUAUGAUACGUGAAUUUAUGUCGACAGUAUAAAAACUGAUACGUGAUAUUAUGUGAACAAUUUGUGAACUGUUACGAGAUUGUUUUUCAACAGUUCUGCUACAUAACUUUUAGAGGCCAGUGUGGAAACUGGUGUGUGGUUAAUGUCAACAGUAUGUGUACUGGGUAGAUAAUUGCUGUUUGACGAUGGUGGAUUGGUCACCUUUGUGCGUAACUGUAAAAACCUUACAGGAUAAAGUGUCAUCUAGUGUGUUUUCAGAAGUGACUUAUGAAGAUUUAUUUUUAUCAACGAUAUCCAUUAUCCAUGUAGUUUCCGGUUAACCAUUUUUUUAAACUUCAUACUUGAUUAAAUACAAUGCUACAAUUCAAAUUUAUUCCAAUAUAUUAAGAUAUAUGUUUUUGCUACUAGUGUCCCAUCUCUUAAUGCAUUGUAUUCUGUUAAUUCAUCAAAUAUAAGGAGCAGGACUGAUGUUGUUUAUGUUUUCCUUUUCAUCCCGACAGGUUCAUAACAACGUUUGUUUACUUUAUAGUUGGAUUUAGGUUUGUAAAUAUGUUAUAAGUAUUUUGUUUUAUAUAAUAAUGUUUAUGUGUAUAUUAAACGUAUUACUACUGUCAUAGUGGUAAAGCCCAUGGGUAACUCAAGAUUCAUACAAUUAACACCAACAUUCUGUGCUUUAAACGUUAUACGCAUUGUCCAAGUUAAGCAAAAUCACAUUUCAUUCCUCAAAUGUUAUCAAAUAUUUCACGAGUUAUUCCUACAAAUGCAUUACCCUGGCCAUGUCAUUAUGACAGUAGUAUAGAAACAAAAACAAUGCAAAUUUCAUUACAUAUCGUUAUACCCUUAUUUUGUUAAACAUUCCAAUUUAGUAUAAUUCGUUUACUUCAUAUCUCUUAUUAUUUUAGAAAACACGCAAUAUAUUUGAAUAGCGAUAUCUAAAUAAAUUUCUCCAUAGACUUUUGUACUAAGAAUGUUGAGGUAUUAAUUUAUAUGUAAAUAAAUUAGUC